AUGGGUCCGAAGAAAUCUGAUCAGAAGUCUGGUGCCGCUGAGAGGAACCGUGCCGCCGGUAAUUCUCAUACGCGUGCGGUGUCGUGUGGUUGCGUCACGCAAAAAGGAAACGCCGUGGUCGUGUCAGUCUUCGCGAAACCAGGGGCAUCAUUAAAUAAAGUUACGGAUCUCACAGACGAAGCGGUGCAUAUUCAGGUGGCUGCCCCACCAGUUGAUGGUGAAGCGAAUGCAGAAUUAUCGAAAUAUUUGGCCAAGGUAUUGAAUGUUCGGAAAUCUGACGUGUCACUUGAGCGCGGAGGACGUGGUCGGCAGAAAAUUUUCGAGGUCCAGAAUGUAUCGGCGGAAUAUGUGUCUGCAACUCUGAGAAACAGUCGCGACUGA